AUAACACAUUCCCCACAGGAGCAGAUCCUCUCUCUAAUUUUCAUUUUCGAGUUUCAAAUCCUCUCUCUCUCUCUCGUUUGAAGCUAACGAGAAGGGGUAAAGCUCGACGAUCGGAUCAUAGCUCUGAGGAAGCGAGAUAGUCGAACGAGAAGAAAAUGGAUGAAGACGGCGAGUUCACCGCAGCGAUACAAAACCUGACGGCCCAAGGUAUAAUAAACGGUGGUGAUGUAAGAAAACUCCAACUCGCUGGGAUCAAUUCCUGCAAUGGCCUGAUGAUGCAUACCAAGGAGAACCUCACUGGAAUCACCGGUUUAUCGGAGGCAAAAGUCGAGCAGAUAUGGGAAGCGGCUGAGCAAAUUGUGGCACGUGCGGGUGCAUUGUUUCCUCCCCAGAUCGAUGAAAACGCUGAGAAAACAAGGAGAAAUACGGCCAAACGAGCAACCAUGACUACCUAUCUCAUGCACGUCGGCCGAAUCAACCGUCUCAUCACUGCACUCGCAUUAAACGGAAUCAUCAUCGAGACCACAGGCGAACGACGCAUAAUCAGAGGCGCUACCGUUACUGCGGGAUUCAAGACCCGUCAAUGGGAGAGAGAGUUGGCCGCAUCCAAGAAAAUUGUGAAAAAUAUUGAGGCGAACGGGUUUUAAUAAUGUCUCUUUUCCUUGUGCUUCUUUAGGGUAUUUUCAUAUCGUUUCAGGUUUGAGACUUUCUUGUUUGCUACGUGCUUUUGUUUGAUUUUUAUAUUUGAACGCAAAAGAAUUCUGUUUUUACGUUGUUAUACUUCUAGAUUCAAAUUCAAGAGUAAUAAAGAUUGAAUUCAUAUUAU